GAUUUGCAAUUCCCGCACCGAUCGAAGCCCAAAUCGGUCAUUUGAGAUCAGACUGUGGAGAGAAGAGAGAGAGUGUGUGCUUGCAAAAAGACGAGAGUUUUAGAGAGAGAAAGUGGUGUGUUGGAGAGACAGAGAGACUCGUGGAGGGUCGCUGUGUGCGAUGCGUGGAGGGGGGGAGGGCAGGUGGUGAGUGGCGAGAGAUUGAGUAAAACGCCGAGAUCGCGUUCUUGAAAAUGGCGGAUCAUCAAGCUAAAGCCGUUAGAGACUGAGAAACAGCUCUUUACUUUCGGUUUUUUGGCUCUUCAAAUCUCUCGAUCACCGACUUUCAGAGAUGACGGAGGCGGCGAAGGUGUUGUACAUAGUGGUGGUUGACGAUGAAGCUAAGAGAGAGAAAGGAAAAGAGUCUUUUCGAUAUACGCGCCCUGUUUUGCAAAGCUCUUUGCAACUCAUGGGCUGCAAGCCUCGGCAUGCCUUUAAGAUUAGCCAGCGGGUUUUCGAAUUGAUAAGAAAUGAAAGCUCAUCUAGUGUAUUGCUUCCAGAAGGAACAGAAAAUGUUUCCCCUAGUAAAGCUGAGGCUUGCAAGCAUUUGGUUUCAGGGAAGGAUGAUAGCAAUAAGAGUGUUCCAUUUGAAUUGUACAAAAUACGCACGACUGUUGUUGUUGCGAGAGAAACUUUCUUAGAUGUUGUUUGUGAUGCUUUGGCUGAGUACAAGUAUGUUGGUCCCAACCAGAGGGCGGACUUAGCUUUGGCAUGCAGAAUCCGUGAAAGGAAGGAAUCUGUGACUGUACUGUUGUGUGGCACUAGUGGCUGUGGAAAAUCUACUUUGUCCUCAUUGCUGGGUAGUAGGUUGGGAAUCACAACUGUGAUAUCUACUGACUCAAUUCGGCACAUGAUGAGGAGUUUUGUGGACGAUAAACAAAACCCUUUGCUCUGGGCUUCAACCUACCAUGCUGGGGAGUGCUUGGACCCAGUGUCUGUUGCAGAAGCAAAAGCCAAAAAGAAAGCCAAAAAAUUAGCUGGAACUUUACACUCACUUCCCAAAGAUGGAAUGCCUGAUGGCUCUGCCUUUGGGAAAUCUGAUACCCGGAUGUCAGAUGUUGGUUCGAGUACUGCUGAAUUGAUCAGUCCAAAGCAGAUGGCAGUUGAAGGGUUUAAAGCACAAAGUGAGAUGGUGAUUGACAGUCUUGAUCGGCUUAUCACUGCAUGGGAGGAACGAAGAGAAUCAGUUAUUGUCGAAGGUGUUCACCUGAGUCUUAAUUUUGUGAUGGGGCUUAUGAAGAAACACCCUUCUAUCAUUCCAUUCAUGAUAUACAUCACAAAUGAGGACAAGCACAUGGAACGAUUUGCCGUUCGUGCAAAGUAUAUGACGCUGGACCCAGCAAAGAACAAAUAUGUGAAAUAUAUCCGAAACAUCAGAACAAUCCAAGAAUAUCUCUGCAAGCGAGCUGACAAGCACCUUGUCCCCAAAAUUAACAAUACUAAUGUUGACAAGAGUGUGGCAGCCAUCCAUGCAACCGUCUUCAGUUGCCUGCGUAGGCGUGAAGCAGGGGAGCAACUUUAUGAUCCCCCAAGAAACACAGUUACUGUAGUGGAUGAGGAGUACAGGAACCAGUGUGCAGCCAAUUCUUUGAGUUCUAAGGGGAUGUUUCAGCUGAUCCAGAGGAAAGGUUCAACUAGGCAUCUGAUGGCUCUUGUAAAUACUGAUGGAUCUGUGGCAAAGGCAUGGCCUGUUGAUUCAGUUGAUCGGAAUGGGAAGCCUAUAUUUUGCCAUGGGACUGACUUGGAGAUUGGCACCGCAGAGCAAGUAAAUCUUCAGUUUGGUCUCUAUGGGAUCAGUGCUUGGCCCAGUGAUGGUGGCCCGAGUUGUGCUGGAAGUGUGGAUGAGUCGAGGGCUGAUGGAACUGAGAUUGGAAGAAGUCAUCCCUCUUCUUGCUGCAGCUCGCCACGGAUAUCUGAGGGGCCUGCCAAAGAGCUGAAGGAAGAAAAUUCAGUGCAUGGAAGUGAUGAAGAGGUUGAUGAAGAGGCUGAUGCAGGCAGUGAUGAGGAAUUAAGUGAUGAUGUUGACAAACAGGACUAUGAAGAGAUAGGGUCAGUGGAUGAGGAGUCUACAAAAUCGGAUGAAGAGUACGAUGACCUCGCAAUGCAGGACGUGCAGGGAAAUGGAUACUGGUCAGGAGAGGAGAAGAGAGGGGACAAUCCUAAGAUCUUCCCCAUUUCCGAUGAUCAAUCAGCCGAUAAAGAAGGGGAUAAGUAUCGCCAGAACCUGGAUCUUUUCCUUAGAACUAGACACCAAUCAUUUUCUGAACCAUUGUGCUCAUACUCAUCUUUGUUCUUGGAGAAGAAUGAGAUGACAAUGCCGUGCUCUGGCAAUGUGAAAAUUAGAAAACGACGUUCCCUUAGCAUUCCAGCCUUGGGAAGGCGUGGGUCAAUAAUCAGGGGUCCCAUACUUUCUGGAGCCCCUAAGUGCUAGGACAACUAUUUUGUUGAAGCUUUAGUGUUCUCAUAUCCUUGCCUUUUUCUCCCUUAUCUAUGUUUAGCCUCCUUUUGUAGAGUAAUUAGGUAACUUAAAAUCUUCCUCAUUUGUACAGUAAUGCUUUUAGGCAGUUGCAGUGGAAUGGAUCUAAAAUGUAUUUUUGUUUGGUACUGUUAGCUUUGUUAGAAUGAGAACAUGAUUUUAGGGUAGUUUUGAAUAUGGGGUGCAUUCUAACAUGAUUUAAUAGUUGUAUGCUAGCGCUAUCUAUGGUUGGGUAACCAACCUGCUUUUCAUUAUUCUUUCUAACAGGGAUGGAAUCGGUUGUUUUUUCAAUCUCUGUUCAAGAUGUAUUGGCCCACUAUUCACCAAGUUGCUGAGGCCAGCAAGGGGAGGAGUUGCAUCUGGCUGAGAAUGGGCAUAUAGAGAUCCGGCAAACAAUAACACAAUCCGGCUUCGGUAGCGAAAGUGCUUCUACACUCUUUCAGUAGAAGAUAGGAAGAUAGUUUUGGCUUUUAUUGCUUCACUUGUUCACAAAUCAUAAGUGAAGGAUUUUUUUUUUUUUCAUUUGACCCUAUAUAACUUGGUUUAUGGCCGAUGCGUUGCUUUCUUUCCUGUAAAAAA